GUUUGUUUCAUAUAGUUCUUGCUUCUUUCUUUAUCAUCAUGACACUUGCUGGUAAAAUCAGCAUUGAAAUUGGGGUUCAUGCAACUGCUGCAAAGUGGUUUACCCUCUACACAACGAAACUGUAUCAUGUUCAAAACCUUGCUGAUAGAAUCCAUGGUGUCAAGCUGCAUCAUGGUCAUGACUGGCAUCACAAUGAGUCCAUCAAACAGUGGACUUAUACCAUAGAAGGUAAGGUUAUAACAUGUCAUGAGAGCGUUGAGUCAGUUGAUGAAGCAAACAAAAGAAUCAUUUACAAGCUCUUCAAUGGAGACAUAGAUCACCAGUUUAAGAUCUUUAAGCUCAUAUUUCAAGCUAUUGAGGGUGAUGGUAGUGCUGUUAUCAAAUGGACCAUUGAAUAUGAGAGGGUUGAUGAAGAAGUUGAUCCUCCGUAUGGCUACAUAGAGUGCUUGCACAAAUGCACAAGAGAUAUUGAUGAUAGUCUUCUCAAGGAAUAAUAGCUUCAAAAGUUUGUAAUAUAUAGCCCUAGGGUAAGUGCUUAUGAGUAUAAUAAAUAAUGGGUUUGACAUUGCCCUAGGGUAAGACCUUAUCUGUAUAGUAAUAAUAAUAUAUAUGAUUGUGAUAUGUUUGAUAUGAAGAUCCUUUGUUUGC